CGCACCUCUGCAGGUGAAAGUGAAACCUGGACACGAGGAAUUCGUUUAUUUUUCUGAAGAAAAAGUAGAGCUCUGUGUUGUAAAUUAUAAUCACGCAAAACGAAGGGUAAAACAAGAAAGCAUUUGAGCAAUGGGGAAGAGAAAGCCUAUUGAUGGUAGUAUUACCAUCGAUCUCGACUCUCCAGCUUCAGAGGACUUUGAAAAUCAGCCUCCAAAACAGUGCGCUAGAAGGAGGAGGAUUGCCAGAAAACAGGAUGAAGAGACAGAAUGCUCUACAGUGAUAUCUUCUUGUUCUGUAGAAACCAUUCCUUGUGAUCAGAAGUCAAAGAAGAGAUCAAAGGGUAGGAAUGAUGUCUCUGGAACGAAGAAAAAGCUAGACACUCGAGCAUUUGAUAUCCACUUUAAAAAUAUGUGGAGGAACUUCUCAGAAGAUAAGAGGACGCCCUUUACAUACUUUGACAGCCUAUGGUUUUCUGCAUACAUGAGUUCAUCGUCCAAAGAAUGUAUGCUGACUUGGAUAAAGGAAAAGCACAUUUUUUCAAAGCGAUAUGUUCUUGUUCCUAUUGUUUACUGGAGACAUUGGAGCCUUUUGAUCUUCUGCAACUUGGGUCAAAGCUUGCAAUCCGAAAAUAGUCCUCCAUGUAUGUUGUUGCUGGAUUCACUUCAGAUGGCAGGCCCGAGGCGACUUGAACCAGCAAUAAGGAAGUUCGUAUUCGACAUUUACAAAUCCGAGGGCAGGCCUGAAAGUAGGCAGUCAAUUUCACAAAUUCCUUUGUUGGUGCCUAAGGUGCCACAACAGAGAAAUGAUGAAGAGUGUGGUAAUUAUGUUCUCUACUUCAUAAGUUUGUUUGUGCAACAAGCUCCCGAGAACUUCAGCAUGAAGAAUUACCCUUCCUUUAUGACAGACAAAUGGUUCAAUCUUGAAGGCCUGGAGAAGUUUUGUGAGAAACUCAAAACCCCUUGAAAAAUGAUUUUCUUGAGAAGACUCAAAUGAUACAAGCUUAUAUUAUUCUUGAUGAUAGGAAGAUUUGAUAGUGUUGUAGUUAUAGUUAAUAGAGUUGCAGGUGGAAAACGUUCAGUCUUAUUCAAGUAUCUUAACUAUUUUACUCUAUACAAGUACUUCAAGGAUUUUUGUAUAAAAUUAUCAUGAAGAUGAAAAUAGGUGAAACGGAAGUUCAUAAAGCAGAUUGUGAGGUGCAGUUUACUCUAUAUAUGUACUUUAGGCUUUUUGUAUAAAAUUAUCAUGCAGAUGAAAAUAGAAGAACUGGAAGUUGAUUAUGCAGAUUGUGAGUUGCAGUUGGGAUUUUCUGAUCGUAGACACAGGAAAGUUGUUAGAGGAGUAUAUUUCAGUGCAUGAGAAAGGUUCAUGGUUCAGUGUAAAAUACCUACUGGGCAAGGCUUCUUUGGACCAAAAUGAUAUUUGUUGUAUAAAAAUUACCAAACUAAAAGGCCUUGUUGUUUCAUCC